CGCUGCUAUACAAUCGGCCAUUUCGUCGUUGUAGGCCAUCAUCUGUAGAGGGCAGAGGGGUAUAUAUCGUUUACUGGUUAUCUGAAAGGGACACUCAAGAACAUCGCAACAUGAACGAGACAGCUGUUUCAUUCGCCAAGGACUUCUUGGCUGGUGGCAUCUCCGCCGCCAUCUCCAAAACAGCCGUCGCCCCCAUCGAGAGAGUGAAGCUGCUCCUCCAGGUCCAACAUGCCAGUAAGCAGAUCACCGUGGACAAGCAGUACAAGGGUAUCAUGGACUGCAUUGUCCGUAUCCCCAAGGAGCAGGGGUUCAUCUCCUUCUGGAGAGGUAACCUUGCCAAUGUCAUCAGGUAUUUCCCCACCCAGGCCCUCAACUUCGCCUUCAAGGACAAGUACAAGAAGAUCUUCCUUGAUGGCGUUGACAAACGCACCCAGUUCUGGAGGUACUUCGCCGGUAACCUGGCCUCCGGUGGUGCCGCCGGAGCCACAUCUCUCUGCUUCGUGUACCCCCUCGACUUCGCCCGUACCCGUCUGGCCGCUGAUGUUGGAAAACCCGGUGCCGGGAGGGAGUUCAAUGGUCUGGGAGACUGCCUGGUUAAGAUCUUCAGGUCUGAUGGCCUGAAGGGUCUGUACCAGGGCUUCAAUGUGUCUGUGCAGGGCAUCAUCAUCUACAGGGCGGCCUACUUCGGAAUCUAUGACACAGCUAAAGGUAUGCUCCCAGACUCAAAGAACGCCAGCAUAUUGGUGAGCUGGAUGAUUGCACAGAGUGUGACAGCUGUUGCUGGCCUGACCUCAUAUCCCUUCGACACUGUCCGUAGACGUAUGAUGAUGCAGUCUGGUCGCAAAGGAGCCGACAUCAUGUACAGCGGCACCAUGGACUGCUGGCGCAAGAUUGCACGCGAUGAAGGUGGCAAGGCUUUCUUCAAGGGAGCCUUGUCCAACGUGCUCAGAGGCAUGGGCGGCGCCUUUGUGCUGGUGUUGUACGACGAGCUGAAGAAAGUCAUGUAAAUUGUCAUAUUGUCACACCACUGUCCAAUUUGGCUAAAUGUAAUAACUCUCCAUUUCUAUGGACUCUGCAUUCUGCCUUAUUUAUGGGAACAAAUUAUAGUGUCUCACCCUUAGUUUUGGGCGAAGGCUGUACUUUGUGCAUCUUUAUGAUUUUAAACGUUCCACAUCCUCUUUACCAAUGUCAUUCCUGUUAAAGAUAUCCGAUACCUCCUCCUCCUGUCAUUCACUAGGUUUGUAUGGUCCCAACUUGAAUAAAUUUAUUCUGGGGAACAAACUAAA